AUGAAUCAUGCCAACUCCAGAUCGUAUCGCAGCCUUCGCACUAUCCAAGGAUUGGACUACAUCACCGCAUUGAGAGGGAUGGGCCAUAUCGCCCUCUGGGAUUUCGGAAAGUGGCUCGACUAUAACCAAAAGGAAGUUGAGGUUCGCGACCGCGACUUUUGGGACUAUAUGAAUCGUGUAGCUCGCAAGGCGAAACCUACUGAACAAGUGGAAGCCGAGACUCUCUCAGCCAUUAUGGGGUCGAUAAGCAAGUAUACGCCGAGAGGUACGAUUGGUACAAGGAAGCCCGAAAUUAAUAUCGCCUCUGGGGAUCAGCAACAAAGCGAUUUAGACCCGAAAACAAAGUUUCUACUAGUUGACAACGAGUGGGCUGUGGCAGAAGCUUACUAUAAUGCAUUCUACCCAGUCGAUAAAAGCAGCCUAAAGUUGGUACACAACAUCACACUUAAUUCACCAAGUUUAGAGCAGGAUGACCUUCCGAACCCAUCUGCAGAGGUUGUCUCGCAUGAUACGGGGCCCAGAGGGGGGAGAGACCUUGGAAGCGUUCAGCAAAGCAGGAACCGAAGGUUACCCGUGGAUCAUGGAAACCGGCGGUCAGGCGUAUCUCACACGAAUACCGGGCGUCUGAGCUCCAAUAUACCUUUUAUUCGAGCUACUAGUCUUCCUCAGCAAGUUAAUGUCGAAAACACUGGAGCCUCCUCGCGCGCAUCUAGCGAGGCGGCCAGCGACUCAUUGUUCGUCAGAGAACCUCGAAACAGAUAUCAUGACCAUGGGUCAAGGGUUCGCGACGUCAUGAGAGAAGGUCGUAAUGCGUACUUUGGUGAAUCAUUUAGCUGGAAUUCAACAGUCAGUCGCUCUGUAACACCACCCUCUGAAGCUGGAGCAACUACCAACAAUGAUGAUAAGCAUAACCCUGAUCUCUUCGUAGAUCCUCAGACUGAUACCAAAGAUUCUCCUUCAAGCCAGCUUAUAGCUUCCGACUUCAAUGGUUACGAUAUCGCACUCGACUUCGAUGUGGAUACACUGAGUACGAUUGAUGAGACGGGAGAGGGUGAGCCUUUGCGCAACUCCAUAGCUGCCGACACAGAUGGCGACGAUGAAAUGCAAGACCAAGAGGACAACGAUACAGACAUCGAUAGCGUUGAAGAGAGCGAUAUUGGAUGUGAUGCUGAAGAUGAGGAUGAGGAUGACGAGAGCUCUGAUGAAGAGGGUGGUGAAGGCGAUGAGGAUGAGGAGGACGAGAGCUCUAAUAUGGAGGGCGUCGAUGGUGACCAAGAUAAUUCCGAUACGGCGAUGGAUGAAGACUACGAAUCCAUGUCUGAGCUCAUACCCAUCGCUAGAGUCAAGUCCGAGGAACCUGCUCUAGAAGGCAUGGACUUUGCAUCUUGGCCAGACAUGUCUAGUCACAUGGUUCUGGAUUAA